GUCACUCUACACCAAGCUUACCAUUUUGUUGAACGAAAUAAAAACCUGGGCUACAUAAGUUACUGAUAGAUUAACAAGCCCAACCUCUCAAAUGAUAUGCGAAACCCAUUAACAUAACUCUCUUUCUUCGAUAGUCUGCGUCUUCUCAGUUCUCAUAAAUCCCAGUUCUCAUAAAGCUUGGCAUUAGGUUACAGCAUUUCCUAUCAUCAAGCUCUCACACUACGUAAGUUUUAGUUAACCCUUUUCCAGGUUCCAUUGAUAAUCCCGUUUCCACUCCUUCACAAGAUUCAAUCCUAUUUCUUCCUUACAAACACAACCUGCAACCAUGGUGUCAACCCAUAUCCUUCUUUGUGAUUUGAAGUCCGUACGUUGUUUUCAGAUGGGCGUCUCCUACGUUUCUGGAAUCAUCUACAUCUGAUAUGGUAGAAGAAAUAUUUUUGACAGCUAAGGCCAAAGUAAUGAAUAAUGUUGCCCUUGAAAACAAAAUUAUUAAAGCCCCAAAAGUUGGAGACUUGGAGCCAAAGUUUCUAAAGAAGCAAGAAAAAUGUGGAUAGAAAACGGUUUCUCUAAUUUACUUAUGGAUGCACAAGAUCAAAACCCAUGAAAUUUAGUUAAUUAUGUAUUGCCACAGCUCUCCAACUCUACUCACUUUGCAAUUUAUCAUCAAUAUUAACAGCCUCUGGCGACAUGUAUGCACAACUUUUAGCAAAGAAGAUGGCCAUUAAUCUGUAAAUAACAGAAUCGUGGCUACAAUAUCAGUUGCUUCCAUCAACAACUCACCCUCACUUGAUUCUUAGCAGCAUCAGAGUCUCUACCACUUGUCUCCAGACCUCAUUCUUCUCUUAUUAUUUUCAAUAACAGAGGUUUGUUGUUUGAUCUUUAUUUCAAAAGGUCUUCUUGAAACCAUAUCAAUCCAUCUGUGGGCCAACGUUGAGAAAUUUGACAGUCUGCAUAAGCCUAAUACAAAUACAGUCGGCAUUGCAUUGUAAGUUAACAACUUCAUAUCUGGGCCAACAUUGAGAGUUUUUACUGUCUGCGUAGCUCAACAGUCAACACUAAUAGACUCUCUAUCAUAUGGUUGAGAGAUAUAAAUGAGAAUUAGGUCAACAAGCCUAAGAAGCAAAUUUGUUUCUGAGUUUAGCUUAGUCGUUUCGUAUAAGCUUCACAUAGCUGUGCCUUUCCUCCACUUUCCGGCGAUGAAUGAUUGGGUGUAAAUGGUGGAAUUCACUUAAAGCUACUCAUCACUUCCUCAACUUUUCAGCUUUCCUGCGUUUUUUGACCCAUUUAUUUUAUUAUAUAUACGAACCAGAUGUGAGGAGCCUGAAGAUUUAAUCGUCUCGCAAUCAAUCUUUUUUUACAAACUAUCUCUAAAAGCAGGUACCAUAAUGACAAUUCUCAACUUCCUCUCUCUCAGUUGAAGGCUGGUCGGUCUAGGACGACGGUUGUCAGACGGCUUCUCUAUUUCUGGGAAGCUCGGGAUGUGAAUAAAGUAAUAGAACUUAUGGAGAUUGAUAUAGUUCUGGUAGAUGAGGAGGAGUUGCUUCUCCAUUGUAUUUGUCUUUUCUGUAACUGUUUUCAAAAUUAUUUUUGUUUGCUAACGCUUCAUUGUUUCUAAAUGGUUUGCGGUCUGAUCCAGGGAUCUAGCAUACACCCCUUGAACACAUUCCACCACUUACUCAGAGAGGGGUCUGUAUGAGCUUGCUAUAGGAAAAGUGGUGGUGCUAAUAGUGACACGUCAGCUCGACACGUCAUCAAGAUGGUGCAGUUAGAGUUGAUAUAGCUUGAGAAAACAGAAGUUAGAGUCAUCGAAAAUAGUCAAGAAAGUUUGUUAUCUUCUUCAUCCAUAUUCUCUGUAUUUUCUUGGUGAUUUUCCUAGAAAAUCACCAUGGAUUCCUCAUCCUUGCUUUUGAGUUGUUUCUACAUGUAAACUCUUGGCAGGAGAGAGAGCGAUUCUUUGUGUAAUACAUUGGAUCGAAUCAAUACGAGUUACUGUUCAUCUUCUUCUUUCCCUGUUACGUUUUACUGUAUCAAAGGUAUCAGAGCCCAGGCGAACCUCGGAUCAAUGGCAGGCGUUGAGUUCCAAGUCUUCGAAGGUGUUUCUUGCAAAUCCAUGGAUUUCAACAUUGGAAGAUCAAUUUGCUCGUGAUGACUACUCGGAUAUGGACAAAUUGGCGUUAGCUGUGUAUUUUCUUGGAGGUAAAGCAGAAUCUUUUGUUCAUCAACGAGAAGAAAUCAAGUAUUUUGAAACUUGGGAUGAACUAAAGAGUAGCUUGAUCCGUAUGUUUGGUGAACGAGACGAUCCGGAACGGAUCAGAUUGCAGACGGAGAGGGACAUAUCAACACAUAAUUGGCUAGUGUCACUUAAGAUUAGGAAUGCCGAUGCGAUUCAAGAGAUGUGGAUGCCUAUUUCUUCUGUUUCGGAGUCACAAGUUGAGUCUGCAUCAGUUCCGGCGAAAUUGCUUGACGAGCAUCGUAUCAUUCCACAGAACGAAUCGAUUCAGGUAUUGAAUCCUAAUCUGGAAUCAAGCCUUACUAAAGAAGAUUAGAGUCAACAGAUUCAGGGGAGCCAAGUGAGUCUGAACCUGUUCCAGUGAGUCUUACGUAUUCAUCCCUUGAUAUGGACUCAACCGUUGAUACCGUGUCGAAGCAUGAGAUUCAAUCGUUUGAGAACAAGAGAGUUGAUGAGUGGAAAUCUCCAAAGGUAGAACAAAUAUAUGUUUUGGAUGUUGACUUGGUGGAAGAAUUGGUUCAAAAAUCAGAAGAUGCUAAGACUGAGCUAGUUGCACACCACUUGUUUGAUCUUUUGCUUCAGAGGGUUGUUUGUAUAAGGAAGCAACUGAAGUGUCACAAGAGCUGGAAAUUUAAGUAUAAAAUGGAGGAUCUGUGGAGAUUCCUGCCACAAAAUGGUCAUUAUACAUCUAUGAGAGGAAAGCACCAAACUUCCAACAGUCUAUGUGUUAUUGAUCAUGUGGGAUCAUCAUUGGAGAAAAUGAGCACUUGUGGUCGUUGGAGAAGUCAACAACAGUCAUGGUUCGUGUACAAACUGAGGUCGUGGCUUCGCUCACUUAGAAACAACAUCAAGGCAUUUUGGAGAGAUGUAGUAGAGAUAAAGCUGAGUUACAAUGGAAAAGUUAUGUGUGAGUUCAUGGGGAUCGAGAGUGACCUGAUCACACUUGAAUUUUUCUGUUUCAUGGGAGAGAAGUUUAGCACUCUACAACAUAAAGUCUGGUACGUUCUGAUGGUUAAAAAUAUAGACCAGAGUUUUGAGUCUGUGAUGAUGAACCAUCUAAGAAGUAAGGUCCCAUACUGGAGAUUGGCUAGGCUAGGCUUGCUAGAGAUGCUCAGUCUUGUGGCUCAGGUUGACUUUGUAUUAUGGUUCAUCACGUAUCAACACAAAUCUGUUUCAGGUUAUAUUGUUGAGUUGCAGAAUGAAGAGGGAUCUGUUUUGAAAAAUAUGUGGAGAGCAAGCUUGGUGUUUAGCUUACUUAGGUCAGUUAGUGCUUCAAUGGAAUUCCCUGGGUCAGUUAGCGACAGUGAAAAUGCUCGAUAUCUUCAUGAAGUAGAGGAAAAAAGUCUUCAGCUUAAUGAGAAACUUGAGGAGAAGCUAUGUCUUUCAGUGUUAUGGAAGAGACUGCUUUGCAAGGACUGGAUGUUUAAGUUCAAAAACAGAUUGGCCACAAGAACCACAAUCUCAGCUUUUGGGGUUUUGAUUUUGGUGAUGGAAAAUGGCAGCAUUGAUGAAGCGGAGAAUACACUUUUGGUGCACAAGAAGUGUCUUUCUGUUCUUAGACGAGAUGUAACGGAGGCUGCUUAUAUGAGACUUGAAAAGCAGUGGAGGCAGAACAGCCUGAUUCAGAAGUCAUUUGCAAUAAGAAGUUCCCUGCUGCAAAAUAGAACACAAAACGUUUUGUGGUUCCUGCUAGUAACUGAAGAGGUGAUUGUAGCAUUUGAAUUCGAAAUGCACCACACGAAGUCAUGGCAACAGUUUUAUAAUAUUCAGAGAAGUGUGGGGGUUACUACAAGCAUGCCCUUUGAUCCAGGAGGGUUAUUAGAGUGCACAACGGUUUCAAAAGAGUUAGAGCCACUGAUUGUCGAACGUUUCACAUCUUUUAUGCUGCAAUUGUGGACAUGGAAGUUGUUGAUAAACCUUGUGGUCAAGGUUUUUCAAAAAGGGAGGAUUUGCUAUAGGAAAAUUGGUGGUGCUAAUAGUGACACGUCAGCUCGACACAUCAUCAAGAUGGUGCAGUUAGAGUUGAUAUAGCUUGAGAAAACAGAAGUUAGAGUCAUCGAAAAUAGUCAAGAAAGUUUGUUAUCUUCUUCAUCCAUAUUCUCUGUAUUUUCUUGGUGAUUUUCCUAGAAAAUCACCAUGGAUUCCUCAUCCUUGCUUUUGAGUUGUUUCUACAUGUAAACUCUUGGCAGGAGAGAGAGCGAUUCUUUGUGUAAUACAUUGGAUCGAAUCAAUACGAGUUACUGUUCAUCUU